GGUUGUUUGGUUGCUUGCUUUGUGCCUUUGUUUCACGCUUUCCCCCCUUCCUUUGCUCCCAUCGACCGAUCCAAUAGCUGAGAUUCAGCUUGUGGAUCCAUCUGUUCAUCUAUUUACUGGUACGGUAUCGCCAGAUUAGGAGCUUCUGUGCCUGCUACCUGUGGAUCCAUCUGUGUGGUAAAAGAUCAUCGAGGUUGUUUUUUUCUUCUUCUUCAUGGUACACGAUUGGUUGUGCGUUUUGUUAGGUUUGUUUCUUCUUGUUCACCGUGUUUGGUGCAAUAUCUGGGACGGCCUAAAAUCUGAAAUUGUUCCAUCCGUUCCUGUUGCUUUGUCCAUGUUCUUUUCCUGAUUGAAUUGCGUGUUGGUUCCCUGGUGCUUGACCUUGCUCCAGCGUAGAUGAUAGAUACUCUUUCAGAGCGCGUCCCUGUCUUUUUUUAAUUUACGAGCUUUCAAAGACGUCUGAUCUGUCCAUCGCACAAGAGCACACGAAUGGUUCAAUCUGCCGUGCUAAAUGAUUGCUGCGUUAAGUAGGACGGUGGAUUGUAGCGUCAUCACUCUGAUCUUCCCAUCUCGAUUUGUUUGUAGCAGCUGAAUCUCCGCACAGACAAUUAGAGUAGCUGCAUUGGCGGGGAAAGCGCAAGAAGCUCAGCAGAAAUGGCGGAGCAGGCAGGCGCCGGAAGGUACUGGUGCCACAUGUGCGCCGCGGUCGUGAGCCCCGCGGAGGGCGAGGCGGAGGUGAAGUGCCCGCAUUGCCACAGCGGCUUCCUUGAGGAGAUGGAGACCGUCCGCGGCACGCCCGCGGCCGAUGACGGCGACGGUGACGGCGCGGUGGCUCAAGUGUACCCCGGCGCCGACCGCCCGAGCUCCAUCUGGGCGCACGCUAUCCUCAGCACGGUCGACAGCUCCGUCCGCCGCCGCCGCAACCGGCGGCAGACGGAGGCCGCCGGCGACGUCUACGACGGGAACGACCCCGAGUUCGCCCUGCGCCGGCGUCGCGUCACCGCGUUCCUGCGGCUCCUGCACGAGCUCCGGGACCGCCAGCUGCAGCGGCUGGAGGCUGCUGCCGGGGUCGCCCUCGAAGGCGACCAGCUGACCCCUUUCGGUCGGAGCCUCUUCAUCGGCGCAGCUGGCGGCGGCGAGCAUGGCGUGGCGCUGGGCGACUACUUCCUCGGCCCCAGCCUCGACGCUCUGGUGCAGCAGCUCGCCGAGAACGACGCGGGACGGCACGGGACGCCGCCGGCCAAGAAGGAGGCCGUGGAGGCAAUGCCGACCGUGGAAAUCGCCGGUGGCAAUGGCAACGAUGACGACACGGCCAGCUGCCCCGUCUGCCUGGAGGACUACGCGGCCGGCGAGCGCGCUCGGGAGAUGCCCUGCAGGCACAGGUUCCACUCCAAUUGCAUCGUUCCGUGGCUCGAGAUGCACAGCUCCUGCCCUGUCUGCCGGUUCCAGCUGCCGGCCACCGACGACAAGGGCUCAUGCAGCAGCGGCGACGGUGGUUUUGUCAGUGUCGACGCGGAUGGUGAAGGCAAUGACAACGGCGGCGGCGAUGGUAGGGCAAGUAUUCCAGGCAAUGCGGAGCCCGCCGAAGCCGAAGAGAACGGCAGCCGGUUGCCGCCAUCCUUGCAGUGGCUCAACAGCCUGUUCUCGCCAUCGGCGCAGUCCUCCGGUAGCGGCAGCGGCAGUUCGCAUCAUUGGGAGAAUUGAACAAUAAUGCAAUAUAAGAAUGGAUGAUUGUUGCUGCUUGAGCCCAUUGGUGCCAAUGUACAUAGGAAGAGCAGGAGCAUGCCGGCAUGAAAAAUUUGGAGCCUUUUUUUCAGUGUGUCAAUUUGGCUCAUGUAAUGUUCUCUCUGAUAUAGUUGUCAUGGCUAUAAAAAGAACAAAAAUUGGCAAGUAUAUGAACUUGCCUCUUGCGUGAA